GUAGAUUUUAUAGAAAAAUUGGAAGUAGAUAGAAUAUUUUUUUAUAAAAAACGAGUCCGCUUUUAUGUUAGUUCGUACUAUAAAAUUCCUUUGUUUGUGAGAAAAUUUUCUCACAAAAGAAAAGUUAAAGGAAAUAAAAAGAGUUAUAGAAUGGAUUACUACCUAUGCCAAGAUCGCGUAUAAAUGGAAAUUUUAUUGAUAAAACCUUUACAAUUGUAGCCGAUAUCUUAUUACGAGUCAUUCCGACAACUUCCGGAGAAAAAGAGGCAUUUACUUAUUACAGAGAUGGGAUGUCGGCUCAAUCUGAAGGAAAUUAUGCGGAAGCAUUACAGAAUUAUUAUGAAGCUAUGCGACUAGAAAUUGACCCCUAUGAUCGAAGUUAUAUACUCUAUAAUAUAGGCCUUAUCCACACAAGUAAUGGGGAACAUACCAAAGCUUUAGAAUAUUAUUUUCGGGCAUUAGAACGAAACCCCUUUUUACCACAAGCUUUUAAUAAUAUGGCUGUGAUCUGUCAUUACCGUGGAGAACAGGCCAUUCAACAAGGAGAUUCUGAAAUGGCGGAGGCUUGGUUUGCUCAAGCCGCCGAGUAUUGGAAACAGGCUAUAACGCUUACUCCUGGUAAUUAUAUUGAAGCACAGAAUUGGUUGACGAUCACGAGGCGCUUCGAAUAAGAACUUUUUCUUUGUUUCUUUUUUUUUUAUUCUAUAAUAUAUCUUUAUUUGUUUUUACAAUUAAUUGUUUUUUAGUUUCUUGGCCCUCUCGGUCAAAUAAACCAGAUUCUUUUUUCUAUCAGAAGAACCAAUCCCAGAAAAAAAUUUCAUUAUAUCCUUUUCUCAAAUCGUUCUAUUUAAUCUGGUAUUCUCUAGGGAUAAGUAGUACAUGAAUAUGAGAAUAUCUAUAAUAUCUAUAUCUAGUUUUUUCUAUUUUUUUUUUUUUCGACUAUUAAAACGAAUAAAAGGGAUUUGAAAAUGACUAAAUAUCAAUACUAGAAUGUUUCUUAGUAAUGACUAAUAAGCGGUUAUUGAAAUAGGAUAAUAUCCUCUAUUUAAAACAUAAAAAAUAGGCUAUAUUUCGGAACUUAUAAUUGAAAUAUGAAUACACUAGAUUAGGUUAUAAAAAAAAAUUAUUUGUGUACCAAUACUAAUGUAAAGGUGCGAAAACGCUUUUUAA